AUGGCACCUGCAGCACCUUCCGCGAAACCUGCUCCUCCUGGGCGGCAGAACGAGCCAUCCAUCAUCAGCGGGGAGGAUUUCCCGUCGCUCGAAGCUGCCAAGAAGGUGCUGACGAAGGAGCACUCUCGGGGUAAGAGCCCCCAGCCGCCUGUACCCUCAGGGGGGAGCUCUGGCAACAAAGUGGACGCUUCAGGGGAACACGACAGCGGUCGCCGAAGCAGCGUCGCCGGGCAGGAGACAGGAGCAGGGCCAGAUAGCGGGGGCAGCCGAAGCAACAGGGGAGGUACGGGAGCUAUGGGAGCUAUGGGAGGUCUGGGAGGUAUGGGGCGUUGGGCGGAUGACGAGCCUGAUCAAGAGCAGGACGAUCGAGCGCCGCUUGGGAAGCCUUCGUUGAAUCGAGACAGACAGGAAGAGCCGAAUUUUCCUCCUCGCGGGUCCGGCGAUGGCGGGCCUAUGCGACCGGAUCCGUUCGCCGGGCCCAUGCGACCGGAUCCGUUUCGCCUGCCGUCCCCGCCCCGUCGCAUGUGGGCCGACGACGAGCGAGAUUCGGGUCCUCCUCGCGGCGGCCCUGGUCCGAGAGGGAACGCGCCUGGUUACUAUGGCGAUUCUAGGGGCCCUGCUGAUUCCAGAGGGCCGGGACCCGGCGGUUACUUCGACGAAAGGGGUGGGAGGGACGCAGGAGGGUUUGGAGGGCCGGGGCAGUGGGACGGGCCGCCUCCUUAUGGCAUGGGUGCAGGGCACAUGGGUCCAGGCCCGAUGGGUCCAGGUUCAAUGCAUCCAGGCGGUAUGGGCCCAGGCCCGAUGGGUCCAGGUGCGAUGGGUCCAGGGCAGAUGGGCAGGGGAAGGGGGUAUAGAGAUGGGCCGCCAGGGGCAGCUAUGGGGCGUGGGGGGCGUGGCGGCGGUGGUGGGGGUGGAGGUGGUGGGAUUGGAGGUCCAGGGUAUCAGCCUGAUUUCGACCGUUUCGGCCCGGGAUUUUCCGGGCGAGGAGGCGGAUUUGGCGGCGGAUACGGCGGCGGAUUUGGCGGCGGGUUUGGUGGUGGCCGUGGUGAUCUACAUUCGCGGUCGUUCGGCCUGGGAGGGGCGCGUGAGCGCGGGGAGAGGUUUAUGGGAGGUGACGUGUUCGGUGACGUGUCAUUGCCUCGGCCUGAGUUCCAGUCGCUGCCACGUGUCGGCGUGGAGCCGCCUCCUAGCCUGGCUCUCCUUGCGCUUUCGCGGAAAAAGAAGGAGGAAGCGGAAGCCGCCGCCGCCGCCAGCGAAUUUCGCGAUUUGGAGCGGGAGAGGUUCGAGGCGGAAUUAGAAAGGGUUCAGAAUCAAAAGGAGCAGGAGAAGCAGAGGAAGGAGGAGGAGGAGCAGCGAGCUAUGGAGAUGGCGCGGCAGCAGGAGGAGGAGAUGGUGCGGAAAGCGCGGGAGGAGGAGGAGCUGCGCGCGCGCGCGGAGCAGGAGGCGCGGGAGGCGGAACUUCGCGCGCAGAUGGAGGCGGAAGCAGCCGCGCGGAGGCUGGAGGAGGAGCGGCGGAAAGUGCAGGAGGAGAAGCAGCGGAUCCGGGACGAGGAGGAGCGGCGGAAGGAAAACGCGAGGAAGAAACUGCAGGAACUGGAAGAGAGAAUUGCGAAAAGGCGAGCGGAGGAGGAGGCGAGACGAGCGGAAGGGGGAGGCGACGGGGAGGGAGAUUCGAAGGAGGAGCAGGAGCAGGAGCAGGAGCAGGAGAAGCAGCCGGAGCAGGUGGCAGAUAGCUGGGAAGACUCGGAUAGGGCAGACGCUGCAGCAGACGCGGCAGAAGCAGCGGCAGCUAGUGGCAAGGCAGAAGCGGCAGCCGGUAGGGCCGAUGGACAGGUGUUAGGCGAUGUGGGUGGCGCAACGGCGGAAGUCUCAGAAUCUGUGAAGCAGGAGAUAUUGGAUAAGGCGGGGGCGGAGGCUGGAAGCUUGGAGGAUGGCCAGGGGAACGCAAGGCGAGGGGAAGGGAAGUCGGCGGGAGAAGGCGCGGGGUCGGGGCAAGUGACGGUGGAAGCGGAAAGCGAUGCGGAGAAGCAGGCGCGCGGGGAAGCAGAAGCGCUCAACGAGCAGCAGGAGCAGCAGCGUGAACAGCAGCCGCAGCAGCAGCAGCAGGCGGCGGCGGCGGCGGCGGCGGCAGUGGGAAGCGGCGGAGCAGAACAAGGGGACAACGCCAGAGCUUCCCCCUGGGGCGGAGUUGCGCGGAAUGGAUCCGUACCAUGCGCCGUACCCCUCUAG